AUGUCAUUCCGUUCUGAUUCAGACUCCUUCCAUCAGCCUCAAUUCAAGAGAGAUACUUCAACCAUGCUUACCAGGAGAUUGGGACUGGCUGCUGCCCUAUGCGUCACUUACUUGUCACUCGCUACUUCUGCUUCCGAUGUUGCGGACUUGACCAAAGCAUUGGCACCAGAAUACGAAGUCGCUGCUACAGAAUUGAAACCUAGCAAAAUCGCAUUGGCCAAAGUCGACUGUACCGUCGAAACUGCAUUGUGUGAAGAACACGGUGUUAAGGGUUAUCCUACUCUCAAAGUAUUCAAGAAUAAGAAUGCCAUGGACUAUGCGGGCCAACGUAAAGCUGAUUCCAUUGUUUCUUAUAUGAAGAAAUUGGCAAGACCAGCAGUCACAGAACUCACCGCUGACAAGGUCGCUGCAUUCUCAGCAGAUGACAAGGUCGUCAUUAUCGGCUUCUUUGCCAAUACAACCUCCGAGUAUAAAUCAUUCCAGAACGUCGCAGCUAAAUUAAGUGAAAAAUUCUCAUUCGGUGUAUGCUCUGAUCCCGCUGCCAAAAAGGAAUACGGUGACGCUUCAGUAGUCCUAUUCAAGAAAUUCGACGAGGGUAAAAACCUAUAUACAGACACCAUCACCGAAUCAGGCCUCGAAUCAUUCAUCGGAUCCAACUCGGUCCCACUCAUGGAUGACAUUGGGCCAGAAAACUAUGCAUCCUACGUAGAAAGUGGCAAACCCCUAGCAUACUUUUUUACAGCCACAGACGACCAAAAGGCCUCAUGGAUUGAAUCCAUUGCCAAAGAAUUCAAGGCUGAUAUAAACUUUGUAUAUAUUGAUGCCGUCAAAUUCGGUGGACAUGCCAAAAACUUGAACUUAAAGGAAGACUGGCCGGCUUUUGCUAUACAGCGACCUGCUGAGGGCACUAAAUACCCCAUGGAUCAAUCUAAACCGGUAGAUGAAGCUAGUGUACGUGCAUUUGUCACGGACUUUGUCAAGGGUAAUGUUGCUCCCUCUAUGAAAUCGGAACCAGAGCCUGAAAGUAAUGAUGGGCCAGUAAAGAUUAUUGUGGGUACCAAUUAUGAAAAGAUUGUUAUGGAUGCUUCCAAGGAUGUGUUUUUGGAACUUUAUGCUCCAUGGUGUGGCCACUGCAAGAAACUCGCUCCAAUCUGGGACGAACUAGGAUCCACACUCGCCACAACAGCACCAGGAAUCAUCAUUGCCAAAAUGGACGCGACUGAAAACGACUUGCCAGUGACUGCAGGAUACCAAGUCCAAGGAUUCCCAACCUUGAAAUUGAUUAAAGCCAAUAGUAAUGAGGUCCUUGAUUACUCUGGUGAUCGGUCGUUGGAAGCCUUUUUGCGUUUCUUGAAGGAGAAUGCAAGCAAUGGUAGUGAGGUUGGUGGGGCUGCUAAGGCUGCUGCUGCUGCGGAAGGUUCGUCAGAGGGUUCUUCAGAAGGUGAUGACUCGGGUCCAGAUCGGGAUGAGCUAUAA